CAGGGUUCCUCGCCUGCGCUCGGAGGGUUUUGUAGUGCUUCCCGAGCAUGAGUUCAGAAUGAAGCGGCGAUUGGAUGAGCAGGAGUCACCCGUGUAUGCGUCGCAGCAGAGACGUAUCACCAGCAGCACCGAAGCUUUCCAACACCAGCACCGCGUGCUUGCCCCGGCGCCUCCGGUAUAUGAGGCGGUUUCGGAGACCAUGCAGUCUGCCACGGGGAUCCAGUACUCGGUAACUCCCAGCUACCAGGUGUCGGCCGUGCCGCAGAGCUCGGGCAGCCAUGGGCCAGCCAUCGCCGCCGUCCACAGCGGCCACCACCACGCGGCGCCGGUGCAGCCUCACGGGAGCCAAGUGGUGCAGAGCCACGCUCACCCCCCCCCCCCGGCUGUCCCCGUCCAGGGCCAGCAGCAGUUCCAGAGGCUCAAGGUGGAGGAUGCAUUGUCUUAUCUUGACCAGGUGAAGCUGCAGUUUGGUAGCCAGCCACAGGUCUACAAUGACUUCUUGGAUAUUAUGAAGGAAUUUAAAUCUCAAAGUAUUGACACUCCGGGAGUGAUCAGCCGCGUGUCACAGCUCUUCAAGGGCCACCCGGACUUGAUCAUGGGUUUCAACACCUUCUUGCCGCCUGGUUACAAGAUCGAGGUGCAGACGAACGAUAUGGUGAACGUGACAACGCCCGGGCAGGUUCACCAGAUCCCCACUCACGGCUUGCAGCCCCAGCCGCAGCCCCACCAGCAGCAUCAGUCGCAGCCUUCCGCGCAAUCAACCCCAACACCAGCACAGCCCGCGCCGCAGCCGCCGCCUGCCAAAAUCAGCAAGCCAUCCCAGUUGCAGGCACAUACUCCUGCCAGCCAGCAAACUCCCCCGAUUCCACCGUACGCAUCGCCGCGCUCGCCACCGGUCCAACCUCACACGCCUGUGACAAUCUCCCUGGGAACCACACCAGCCCUGCAGAACAAUCAGCCCGUUGAGUUUAAUCAUGCCAUCAACUACGUCAACAAGAUCAAGAAUCGGUUCCAGGGACAGCCGGACAUCUACAAAGCCUUCCUGGAGAUCCUCCAUACGUACCAGAAAGAGCAGCGUAACGCCAAGGAGGCAGGAGGUAACUACACGCCGGCUUUGACGGAGCAGGAGGUGUACGCGCAGGUGGCUCGUCUCUUCAAGAACCAGGAGGAUCUGCUCUCGGAGUUCGGGCAGUUCCUGCCCGAUGCCAACAGCUCUGUGCUGUUAAGUAAGACAACUGCAGAGAAAGUGGAAUCGGUAAGAAAUGAUCACGGUGGCACGGUGAAGAAGCCACAGCUCAACAACAAACAGCAAAGACCCAACCAGAAUGGCUGUCAGAUCCGACGGCACUCGGGAACUGGAGCCACCCCUCCGGUGAAGAAGAAACCGAAGCUGCUUGGUUUAAAAGACCAGUCUUUGGCGGAAGCCAGCAAACAUGGCGUGGGGACAGAGUCUCUCUUCUUUGAGAAGGUCCGCAAAGCUCUGCGUAGCACCGAAGCAUACGAAAACUUCCUUCGCUGCCUGGUGAUUUUCAACCAGGAGGUGAUCUCCCGGGCUGAGCUCGUGCAGCUCGUUUCUCCGUUCCUGGGGAAAUUCCCAGAAUUGUUCACUUGGUUUAAAAACUUUCUGGGGUAUAAAGAGUCUGUUCACAUGGAGACGUAUCCGAAGGAACGGGCUACCGAGGGGAUUGCCAUGGAGAUAGACUACGCCUCCUGUAAAAGACUGGGCUCCAGCUACCGAGCCUUACCCAAGAGCUACCAGCAACCCAAGUGCACAGGGCGGACUCCGCUGUGUAAAGAGGUUUUGAAUGACACCUGGGUCUCCUUCCCAUCCUGGUCCGAAGACUCCACGUUCGUGAGCUCCAAGAAGACGCAAUACGAAGAGCACAUCUACAGGUGCGAGGAUGAGCGUUUCGAGCUGGAUGUUGUCUUGGAGACCAACCUGGCAACGAUCCGCGUCCUCGAGGCAAUCCAAAAGAAACUCUCGCGCUUGUCUGCCGAGGAGCAGGCCAAAUUCCGGCUGGACAACACUCUGGGUGGCACUUCGGAGGUGAUCCACCGCAAGGCUCUCCAGAGGAUAUAUGCUGACAAAGCAGCCGACAUCAUCGAUGGGCUUCGGAAGAACCCAUCCGUGGCUGUUCCCAUCGUGCUGAAAAGGUUAAAGAUGAAAGAGGAAGAGUGGCGAGAAGCCCAGAGAGGAUUUAAUAAAGUCUGGCGAGAGCAGAAUGAGAAGUAUUACCUGAAAUCUUUGGACCACCAGGGCAUCAACUUCAAGCAGAAUGAUACCAAGGUCCUGAGGUCAAAGAGUCUCCUCAAUGAGAUUGAAAGCAUCUAUGAUGAGAGGCAAGAGCAGGCUUCAGAAGACAACGCUGGAGUCCCCACAGGCCCGCACCUAUCACUAGCCUACGAAGACAAGCAGAUCCUGGAAGACGCUGCCUCUCUCAUCAUCCACCACGUGAAGCGGCAGACGGGAAUCCAGAAAGAGGACAAGUACAAAAUCAAGCAGAUCAUGUAUCACUUCAUUCCAGACCUGCUGUUUGCUCAGCGAGGCGAACUCUCGGAUGUGGAAGAGGAAGAAGAGGAGGAAAUGGAUGUGGACGAAGCUACUGGGGCUGCAAAAAAGCACAACGGUGUCGGGGGCAGUCCUCCUAAAACCAAGCUGAUGUUCAACAACACGACGGCCCAGAAGCUGCGGGGCAUGGAUGAGGUCUACAAUCUCUUCUACGUGAACAGCAACUGGUACAUCUUCAUGCGGCUGCAUCAGAUCCUGUGCUUGCGGCUGCUGCGGAUCUGCACCCAGGCCGAGCGACAGAUCGAAGAGGAGACGCGGGAAAGGGAGUGGGAGAGGGAAGUGCUGGGCAUAAAGCGAGACAAGAGCGACAGCCCUGCCAUCCAGCUGCGCCUGAAGGAGCCGAUGGACAUCGAUGUGGAGGAUUAUUACCCGGCCUUCCUGGACAUGGUGCGUAAUCUCCUGGAUGGGAACAUGGACUCGUCGCAGUACGAGGACUCCUUGCGCGAAAUGUUCACCAUUCACGCCUACAUCGCCUUUACCAUGGACAAGCUGAUCCAGAGCAUCGUUCGACAGCUCCAGCACAUAGUGAGCGAUGAGAUCUGCGUGCAGGUAACAGACCUCUACCUGUCGGAGAACAACAACGGAGCAACAGGAGGUCUUCUCGCUUCCCAAUCUUCUCGUACGCUUCUGGAGGCCGCCUACCAGCGCAAAGCUGAGCAGCUCAUGUCAGAGGAGAACUGUUUCAAGCUGAUGUUCAUUCAGAGCAGAGGUCAAGUUCAGUUAACCAUUGAGCUGCUGGACACAGAAGAGGAGAACUCUGAUGACCCCGUAGAAGCAGAGCGCUGGUCAGACUACGUGGAGCGGUACGUCAACUCCGAUUCUACCUCCCCUGAGCUGCGGGAGCACCUGGCCCAGAAACCGGUCUUCCUGCCGAGGAAUCUGAGGCGGAUCCGUAAGUGUCAGCGUGGUCGGGAGCAGCAGGAGAAGGAAGGGAAGGAGGGAAACAGUAAGAAGUCCAUGGAGAACGUGGAGAGCUUGGACAAGCUGGAGUGUAAAUUCAAACUGAACUCCUAUAAGAUGGUGUACGUGAUCAAAUCGGAGGAUUACAUGUACAGGAGGACCGCUCUGCUGCGAGCCCAGCAGUCCCACGAAAGAGUGAGCAAGCGGCUGCACCAGCGGUUCCAGGCCUGGGUGGACAAAUGGACCAAGGAGCACGUGCCCCGCGAAAUGGCAGCCGAGACAAACAAGUGGCUAAUGGGCGAAGGGUUGGAGGGCUUGGUGCCCUGCACCACCACCUGUGACACAGAGACCCUGCACUUUGUGAGCAUUAACAAGUACCGCGUCAAAUACGGCACGAUAUUCAAGACACCCUAA